AUGUCUGGUCAAAAAGUAGUCAACAAUAUAUGUGGAUUUGAAAAGAAAAGCCUGGACAUUAUUAAGACUAAUCUCGAAACACUUUUGAGCAGAAAACAUAUAUUAGACAAUGCGGUAAUACAAGAAUGCUUCAACAAGGACAUACUUGGAUUUUCUUUGGAUUCAGUCUCAAACUUGGAAGAAUUAAAGGAAAUUAGCUCAAGCUUGCUUGGAAAAGAUCCUAGCUCUGGUAAAAAAGAACUAAUGCUUGCAAUUUGCCUCGGAGCUGGAAUAUCCAAUAUUUUUAAUAUUUCUGUAUAUUCGGAGGAAGGAAAUGAAAUAGAUCUGGAUGUUUUCCAUUCAAAUGAGAACAAGAAGCUUGACGAGGAUGAAUUAAUGAAUAAUUUGCUUGAUGCUUCAAAAUUGAUAAUGGAGUUUCUAGAAACUGGGCGUGAAAAAGAUAUUUUUAUCAAGCCAAUUUUCAAAGCUGAGCGUACAACUUUGAUUUUACGUGACCUCGAGAACGAUGUAAUUGAGGAUGAAAUUUUUGACCUUCUGAAAAAAUGCCCCCAUUUCUAUUCAUUAGAAGCCGCUUCUAACGAUAAGACUGCCGAAAAUAGUACAGAAGCUGUAAGAAAAUUGGUUGUUGAUUUCCGAAAAGAAGUGCAUGGUACCUGGUUUAUUACACUUAAAACUGAAGAUUUAACCACAAAGGUUGCCUUAUGGUUGCGUAGUCAAAAACUCAGAGACCACAACAGCUCUCCAAUAAAAGUCGGAAUCAAAUCUGAACACCCCAUUGCUAGUCUUUUGUCUGUAUUAUCAAUGAGCAAGAGCCCCCAAUAUUUAAGCAACAGAAUGAACAACUUGCAAAUUUCUGGAUCUGAAGUAAGCACUGGAAUCGCUCCAAUGGUGGCAACUUUACAUGCUUCUCUUCCCAAUAGACCUCCAAUUAUAUCAGGUAAUGAGCUUGGAGGUUUAAAUACCGGAAACUGCCUAAUAGGAGUUGAAGAAGCCACUGCAGAUGGUCUUCCUUCACAUAAAGGAGUUGUAAUGGGAGGUGUUAGCCCCAAGAUGGGAUAUAUGAUGAAUAUUUCGGGAUAUUCCAACAAUAAGUUCAUUCAAUCACACCCUCAAAUAAACGGAGCUGGCUUAGAGAAUCAACAACCACCUCAAGGCGCAGUUAGUGAGCCACAAAAAGCUAUGGAUAGUCUGAGCAGUCAGAAUCACGAGCAUAUGGCCACACCAGUUCCAAUGAUGUAUCAAUAUCAUAGAGGUAUAGGAAGAGCUAUUGAAGUUCCAAAUCCUACAAACCAUUUAAAUAUAUAUGGAUCGAUACUUGGAGCUCCAAAUGGUGGCGUGAUUGCGCCAAUAGUAGUAGUUCCUGGAACUACGAUGCCGGGAACCUUACCUGCUUCAACACCUUCUUCUCCAAUAAUGGAGAUUAAUUCACCAAAUAUAUGCAAGACUGAUGCACCAGAGUCUACCGAAGCGGAUUACCCACGUUCAAAUUCCAAUUCCCCUAAGAGACAUGAACAAAAGAGAAGGGGUUCCAGGACCUCCGAGUUUAGUGACUCUGAUGCACGAAACUUAUCUCCAAAUAAUAGUAGUAAUAGAAGAAAUAGCCGAGAGACCAUCUCCAGUGUUUUGGCAGCAAGCGAAGUUGAUAACUGUGUAGUCUCUCCAGUAAUUGAUGGAAUUAACUCAGUUAUAAGAGGAAUUCCUCAAGGAGCUACUACAUUGAUUCACGGAAUAACUCCCUUUUACUACGGAGUCUCUGGGUUGCCUGAGGUCCAGCCGGUCAAUUUGCAGUAUAUAGGUGUGCCACAUCCUGGUUCUCACCCCCCCCACGUCUUUAUUCAUGGGAAUCCACAAUUACAAUAUCAACACCAAAUGGAUAUUGGGAUUUCCGGAUCUGGUCAAGGAAAUCCUGUGAAUUUUGAAUCAGGUCCAUCAAAUCCUAAAUUAGAUUCCGAGACUAAUAAGUUCAACGGCCAACAUAACCUUCCCCGAAUACCAGCAGUAUUCCCUACUGGCUACUACCAAAAUACUCAAUAUAUCGGGGAAGAUUCUUUUGGGUUCAUAGGAAGCCAUAGAUUUCCUGUUGGAAACUUUGCAUUUAAUAAUGCAGGUACUUUGAUUUCAGCCGGAGGAGUAGGUAAUACUUCUGCUGUACCUGAAAACUUAGUGAACCAGGGCCAAAAUUUUUGGGUAAGUAAUCCUGCAAAUAGUAAUAAUACUGGAAACCAGAGAUUUAAGUUCAAUAAUCGAAAGAAUAACGGCUCCAGUGGUAGUCGUGCAGGUACUAAAACCAACCAAAACUCUAAAAAGAAUAACCAUUUAAAGCUUUCUGGAAAUGGAGGUAAUCCAGAAAAUCCAAACUUUGUAACAAAGGUAGGAUCAAAAACGGGAGCUGUCUCCCAACUUCUCGGAAAUGACUCAAUUCCAAAGCAUGCUGAAAUAGACCAAAAUGAGCUUGCAGAAGCAUGCUCCACCAAUAGCUCUAAACAAGACCCGAAUUACAAAAAAGAAAAUCCUGAGUCCUUUCCGUCUGAAAGGCAUGCAAAAGACUACCCAUUUGGAGCCGGAGAACCGACAAAUGAUUCCUCUCAUGCUGUUUUAAAUGAAAAUAACCAGAACCAAAGUUGCAAGAAACUCCAAGAAAAUUCGUCAGAGCUAACAGUAAAUGAGCUCCCAGGUAAACAACAAGCAUUUGGAAAGAUUUUUAAAUCCUUUGUAAGUUCUGGAAACAAGUCAAAAGGCCAAAGGAACGGUAAAAAGUCAUCAAAUAGUAAUGGGACUUCUGCUAACAAAAAGAACUUUGAGCAUAAUGAAUACCAAUCUAAUGCGAACAACGAUAAAUCCAAAGCUUUUAACAAUGCUGAAGGUAAUAAUGGACCACAAUGCCUGGAGGCCAAAACUGGGGUUAGUGACCACCACAGAAGACGAACUUCUAAGCAAAUGAAUCCUGCUGGAAACGUAGGAGGGGAUCAUGGUAGUUUUAUCCAGGGAAAGUAUAAUGGGUAUGAAAAUAACCACUUUCGCGUAAAACGCACAAUUGGAAAUGAACAAUCCCACUUUAACUUCAAUAAUCAUGGAAAACAUUCUGGUGGCAAUCUUAAUGGUACUGGUGGCAGUAAUGGUCAUGUUAAUCAGAUAGGAAGCCAUAAAAGUAAAGGACAAAUACUCAGAAGCAAUGACCAGGAAGCCAAGGGAAUUGGCCUUGACAAUUUUCCAUCUUUGUCUGAUGCAAUUGCAAUAAAAAAAUAA